UUUUCGUCGCAAGUAGUUUAAUUUCAAAAGCCAAAGCGCGCGCAUCACUCGAAAGUUUAUUUUGUAAUAAAUUUGAACAAAAAUAACGUUCUCGUUUGUUUGAAAAAAAUAUUAAAAAUUAUACAAAAUAUAAACAAAAUAAUCCCCAAACGGAUAUUUAAUAUAAAUUUUUAUUUUAGAUUACAAAAAGUGUUAUAAAUAAGUAAUAAAAAAAGUAAUUAAUAGGGAUUUUCUAUAAACUUUAUAAUAUUGUUUAUAUUCAAAUAUAACAAGUGUUUACUGAUCCUGUUAUCAAUUGAUAAACGAAUUUUAAAGAAUUUAAAAUAAUCACGAAUUUCGAUUGCCUUCAAACGGAGCAGCAGACACAAUGGCUGGAAAAUAUGAAUACACAUUAGGCGUCAAUGAACUAAAAUCGAAGGAAUUUCGUUUAUGGCAAUCACUUAUUGGUGAAUUUCUUGGAAAUUUAAUACUAAACUUUUUCGCUUGUGGUGCUUGCACACAACCUGAAGAUGGUACAUUUAAGGCUUUAGCUUUUGGUCUGGGUGUUUUUAUGGCCAUCACUAUUGUUGGACAUCUAAGUGGUGGUCACGUAAAUCCUGCUGUAACUUUGGGCAUGUUAGUUGCUGGCCGUAUAAGUGUUCUACGUGCAGUACUCUAUAUAAUAUUCCAAUGUUUAGGAUCAAUAGCGGGUACGGCGGCAAUAAAAACCUUACUCGAUGAAUCCUACUAUAACGGUUUGGGUCACACCAGUUUAAGUGUGAACAUAACUGAACUACAAGGUCUCGGUAUUGAGUUCUUCUUAGGUUUAGUUUUGGUAUUGACUGUAUUCGGGGCCUGUGAUGCUAAUAAACCCGACUCCCGUUAUACUGCCCCCUUGGCCAUUGGUAUGGCUGUUACAUUGGGUCAUUUGGGCACCAUCAAUUACACUGGUGCCAGCAUGAACCCAGCACGUACUUUAGGCACUGCUUUUGCCACUAACAAUUGGAAUGCCCAUUGGGUAUACUGGGCUGGUCCAAUUUUGGGUGGUAUUGCUGCCGCUUUGAUUUACACACAAAUUUUGGAGAAACCAGCUGCAGCAAAGGUUAGUGAAGUAUCGGAUAAAUACAGGACACAUGCCGACGAACGUGAGAACUGAAUACAAAUCCAAAAACCAAAAACAAAAUCCCAUUGCAAUUCUCACGCUUUCUGUAGUUUUGUCCGUCUAUCACAAAAACAAAUAAACAAACACCCACACACAGAACGACAAAUAAAUGAAUUUUUAUUUUCUUGCCGUGAGAAUAAAACCGUUAUAUAUUUUAAAUAUUUUUGUAUUAUUAUUAUAUUAUUAUUAUUUUUAUGUUUUUUUUUUUUUUUUUUUGUUGUAUUGUCUUUAUUAUAAUUGUAUGUUUUAUAACAUGGAUUUUUGUCUUAAAAAAAAAACACUCAAACAUCUUUCUUCAAAUACAGAUGAGAAAAUUGGAAGGAGCACGUGAUUACGCUUAAAAAUAAAAAAAAUCUUAGAAACAGCGAACAAUAAUCUCUGUAAGAAGUUGUAGAAAAACAAAACAACAACAUGGUUUUCUAUAGAAAUUUCCAAUUGGAAAUCGAAUAUAUACACUAUUUUUGAAUUACAUUUAUACAAACAGGAUUACAACCUUUUUUAUUAAAGAAAAAGAAUCGUAACUAUUGCAUAUUUAUUAAAUUUAUAAUAAAUUUUUUGUGUGUUCUUUAACAUUAUAAGUUUUUUUGUCAAGAAGAUUUUGUAAAAUUUUAUGAUGUUUUUACUUUUUAAUUUUUUCUUCUCACAUUUUAUAAUAAUUACCCACAUGCAUACAUUUAUAAAUAUUUAUUAAUUUAUAAUAAUUAUAAAUAAACGAAGGUAUUUGAAAUAUUUAUUUUUUUGUAUUGUAUUAAUCAUAUUCCGUAAUAGUAAUAAAAUUACUAAUAAUUAUAAAUCCAAGUAUAAUUAAGGAAAUAUUGACAUUGUAUACAAACUAAAACCAAAUAUACUCUUUAAAAAUAAACAAUUUCUAAAAAUGA